AUGGAGAGCCAGAAGGCUUACGUUAUUGUCCGGUUCAUAGACUGUGGCUUGAUGUAUUACGUGUACAAUUACUGUGAGUUCUACUGCCUGGAACUUAUGAAUCAAGUUACACAAUGUGUGCUCAAUACCAUGACACAUAUAGCAGUGAUUGCGGUGUCUAUAAUCACCUUUAAAAAUCACGCUGAAGUUAUGGGAAACGUGGGCAUGGGCGCAGCUAUUGUGGCUUGUUUGUUGUACUGGCUAGCCAAACAGAGCUUUUGUGCAUCGUGGAAUGAGGUGACAGCGGUUUACCUUCGCAGCCUCCCUGCGCGUCGGCAGCAACGCGUUGUCGUAGAAAAGAGAAGUCCAGUAUCUGGUAUAUCAUCGGCGCCGCCAGGGUACUUAAUAGCACACUCUAAUACGCCGCAUGUUGACAUUCGCUAUAAUGUGCUCGUGUGUGUAGCGUACACGUGGUCGCGGCGAUUCCACAAAAUGUUGCGUCCCAAUGCCAUUUCGGCAUGA